AUGGCCGAAGCUCUGCUCAAGCCGCGGCCCCUGGUUCAGCUGCCGUCGCCGGUGACGCUGGUCGGUUUCAUGCUCCUCGCAUUCAGCUCCGCCAUGGUCCUUGGCGCCGUGACCUCCUUCCUGGUGUUCUCCUUCCUGGACCUUGCGAUGCUGUCCCACUGCCUGCGCCUGUACGCGAGGACGCCGCUGGCGUCGUCUCCCCGGCGGGAGCUCCUCAUGAUGGCGGCAUGGCUGCUGGCCUCGAUGCUCGUCGUUACGUUUUUACAGUUACUGGAGCUUUGGUUCCUGACUACGCAUGGGGAAAACAACUGA